AUGUCCCUUUCUACUUUCUUUACUUAUACAACUCUUGCAGGGCCUUUGAUCUUGGCCGCACUCUUCUUCCUAGUUCCUGUUUAUCAAGAUUUAAAGUACCGUUUCCAGGUAUGGUGCCGUAAAUCCAAUGCACAAGCGCCCGGUUUACCGCCUACAAUCUACUCGAUUCCCUUUGGGAUCCCCUUUUUCAUUGACGUGUUACGGUACUCAAAGAAGCAAACACUCAUGCCGUUUAUUCAAAAAAUCUGGCACUCAAAACAAACUGCCACUAUUCGGCUGCAAACUAUUGGCGAGUUUGAUAUUUUAACCAGCGACCCGGAAAAUAUUAAAGCCAUACUUGCUGUCGAUUUUAAAGAUUACAAUUUUGGUCAUAGACAUGGUGCAUUCGAACCACUUCUUGGCGAUGGCAUCUUCACAUUGGAGGGCGCUGGAUGGAAACAUUCAAGGGCAAUGUUACGGCCACAGUUCACACGGCAGAUGAUUGCGCAGCUGGACUCGAUUGAGCGACACGUUUUACAACUAAUUUCAGUUAUCCAGGCUUCUUCAGGGGAGAAUGUGGACCUACAAGCAUUAUUUUUUAAGUUGACAAUUGAUACAGCCACGGAGUUUCUUUUUGGAGAAAGCGUUCAGACAUUAUCUGGGGGGAAUCCGAAAAUCACUUAUGCCCGCAAUUUUGACUUGGCAUUUAACUCUGCACAAGCAUUUUUAGCACGACGGUUUAGACUUAAUAUAUUUUAUAAAUUGGCUGAUACCCAACAGUUUCGGGAGUGGUGUACAACGUGCAAAUCGUUUACGGAUUCGUAUGUGCAGUUGGCACUAGAGCGCGCAGAUCAGAAGCAGGAAAAUGGCGAAAAGGAAAAGGAAAAGGAAAAGGAAAGGGAAAGGGAAAGGGAAAGUUAUGUAUUUUUGGAUGAGUUGGUUAAAGAAACUAGAGAUCCUCAGGUCCUCAGAGAUCAAGCGUUAAACAUUUUACUUGCUGGGAGAGACUCAACGGCAUCAUUGCUUUCUUGGAUUUUCUAUAAUUUGGCCAUAUACCCUGCAGUUUUUACCAAGUUGCGCGCUGAGAUUCUUACACAUUUCGGAACCACUCCUUCUACUUUAAGCUUUGAAUCGCUUAAACAGUGCAAAUAUCUGCGUUACGUUAUUGAUGAGACCUUGAGGCUGUACCCGAUUGUACCUGCUAAUGCGCGAGCUGCUGUGCGUGACACAUAUUUGCCGCGCGGAGGUCUUGGGCCCGACUCUGAAAGUAGUGAUCCAGAUGCCCGUUAUUUUGGAACGCGUCCUGUGUUUAUCCCCAAGGGCACGAUUCUUGGGUACAGUGUGUAUGUGUUGCACCGGGACCCGCAUUUCUGGGGGGGGUGA